GGAAGGGUAGCAUUUGAGAAGAAGUCAGCAUUAGAUGGCAGAGGAGAUAUGGGACUGUGCCUAUUGGUCUCAGCAGAUUCCCCAAUCCUUCACACCAUGCAAGUGGCUGAGGAUGCCUGCACCCAUUUGGAGGAUGAACUGCUCUUCUGUGAAGACUGUCGUCUUUAUUUCCGCGACUCCUGCCCACAACAUGGACCCCCCACCUUUGUGGCUGACACACCUGUUCCAGAAAGAGCUCCAUCACGGGCACUGCUGUCCCUGCCUGAGGGACUUCUGGUCAAGGAGCGUUCCCAAGGAAGCUUUGGAGUGUGGAAUGCACUCCCAGCCCUACCUCGUGGCUGCAUCUUUGGGCCCUAUGAGGGGGAAGUGGUCCGAGAACAUCGUGACUGCACCCGUUAUUCUUGGGCGGUUCGGAACAAUGGGUCCUAUUUUUUCAUUGAUGCUUCUGAUGAUUCCAAAUCCAACUGGAUGAGAUAUGUGGCAUGUGCCUCCACUGAGGAUGAGCAGAACCUAACUGUAUUCCAAUACCGAGGUUACAUCUACUACCGAGUCUGCCAAAUUAUACCUGCUGACACAGAGCUUCUGAUCUGGAUUGGAGAGGAAUAUGCUCGCACUCUAGGACUGCGUUUGGGUGAGCAUUUCAAAUAUGAAUUUGGCGAGAAAGAAUUAUUGAUGAAACUCUUCCAAGAGCUGCAUGUCAAGACUCAGUCACCAACUCCAGGUCCCCAUGCUCCUUCUUCUCGAACCCAAUAUCUGUGUGGAGAUGCCACUGCCUCAUCUUUCCUGCCCCUCCACAAGCCAGGCCUUCCCGUAGGAGGAAGCACAUUUCCCCUGCUGGAAGGGACACAAAAUCUGGUGGGUUUGGGCCGGGCUCAAAGCCGCUACUGGACUUUCUUUGGCUUCCAGGGGGAUGCCCUUGGGCGCAUCCUCGACAAGAGCAAGAUCAUCUGCAAGCUUUGUGGAGUCCGGCUGAGCUACAGCGGAAACACCACCAACUUACGCCAACAUCUCAUCUACAAGCAUCGUUGUGAGUACAACCAGCUCGUUGGGACGCAGGUGGCCACCCUCGACAAAGGAAUGGCUGGUGCAGGCGAGUUUGGAACUCCUCGGCCUCCAGUCCCUGGCCGGACGACACGGGCAGUGGCUGACUUUAUUGUGUUGGACCUGAUGCCAGUGGAGGUGGUAGAAGGUGAGGGGUUUGGGCAGAUGCUAGCAGUUCUGGACCCCAACUACAAGCCUCCUGAAGCUGCUGCCCUGGCCCAUUCAGUGCUGAAGGACAUGUAUACCCAGGUGAAAGGGAAAAUCUGGGAACUGGUCCGUGCCCUGCCUCAGUGUUCCCUUAGUCUGGAUGUAUGGCACCACAGCAGCACUCUGACCUACCUCACACUCACUGUGCAUUAUGUGGAUGACUGCUUUGAACCCCGGGCCAGGGUCCUCUCGAGCCGCCCUAUUCCUGAGAAUCCCAGCACUGAAUGCCUGGUGGAGACUCUGACUGAGGCCACCAAAGAAUGGGGAGUACACGAGAGCACUUUGUACACUGUGGGAGGCCUGGGCUCUGCCGUCCAGCAAGCAGCUGCAGCCCUGGGGUGGACAGCCCUGCCUUGCAUUGGGCAGGCCUUGCGGGCAGCGAUGGAAGCAGUGCUGGGCCAGCCGGUGGCCCAGAGUGCCCUGGAGCGCCUCCGUCGCUUGGCUUCUUGGGCACUGACCGGAGCAGGCCGUAAUGAAAAACUAUGGUUCCGGGAGCCCCUCCUGCAAGCCCACCUCAGUCGUUUCCUGAGAGAUGGGAGCAGAUGGCACAGUGUCUACACAAUUCUACAGGACUUGCUAGAGUAUAGCAAGUCUCUGUCAGGGAUCGGUCCCGAUGGGGAGGCAGUCCUACACCCACAGGACUGGACUGCCCUUCAGGACAUAGUCCAAGUUCUCAAGUCCAUGGCAAUUGCUACCUCAACAUUUACCAAAGAUCCCUUUUCCAGUCUCGCCCUAGUCAAACCCGUGUUAACUAGCCUCCUCUACAAGCACUUGGUAGCCAGUGAGUGGGACUCUGUUCUGGCUCUCGAAGCCAAAGCAGCAGCUCGGAAGGAAUUGAACCACCAUUUCUCCAGCCCUGAAGUUAACCAGGCCCUCAAUCUAGCCUGCGCUCUGGAUCCCCGCUUUCAUGGCCUGGACUUCUUGAGCCAUUCUGAUCGGGUGGAAACUUUGCACUUGCUCAAGGCUGAAGUGUCCCACUUGGCCGAGGCCCCUGCCUUCUUAACCUCCAGCCUUCCUGAUGUGGCUUCCUCAUCUCCCCCUUCCAAGCUGCCAAAGCAAGAUGCAGGCAUUGAAUUCCUGCUGGGAGAUCUUUGCAGCAUGCGUGGGGGCCCAGGCAUCAGCUCUGCCCAUCAGCAAGCCGAGCAGGAGACAGCUAGUUUCCAAACCAGCAAAGCCUCUGCCCUCGCUCAGGAACCCCUGCAGUGGUGGAAGAUCCACCACACCCAGUACCCAUUACUGGCCCGGGCAGCCCGCAAGUUCCUAGGAGUGCCUGCCACCUCAGUGCCUACUGGCUGGAUCUUCAGCAGCACUGGGGAUGCCAUCCACACUAAGCGCCAAGCCCUGACACCAGAGCAUGUUGAUAUGCUUGUAUUCCUCCAUGGCAACCGUGCGAUGCUCUAUUAGAGUACACAAAGAAAGCAGGCUUGGAUAGCGGAGAUCAGCAAGCCCAGCAAGCAGUAUUUAUAA